CUUGACAGAGGGAGGCUAUGGGAACAGCUCUAUCACAGAAAAUCGGGAGUGCGAGAGGCGGCCGGCGGCAAAACUUAACAUCACUCAAAUAACCGUCUGCCUUUCUGUGUGUUUGCAUUUGAUAAGGAUGUGGACAGAUGAGAGGAUGGAGAGCCAGAAAUGGGAGGAAAGUCAGUUGGCCAACAUGUCAGCAGCAGUGGUAGAGAAUCCCACAGAAGAAAAUGGCUUCACAGUGGACCUUGGCUCUCGGCUGGCUAUUUUUGAGCAACAGGAACAGGGGGACUUUGGAAGGCCACCCAUUGGAAGGACAAAAAACAGAGGGUUCAGGAUGUUUCAGGCUCCUACAGAAAAAUGUACCACCUGUGACAAACGGGUGUACGAGAUGGAAAAGAUAACUGCAGAUGAUAAAGUCUACCACAAGGGAUGCUUUCGCUGUGCUAAGUGCAACAGGACUUUGGGAUUGGGCAACUAUGCCGCCUUGGAGGGACAGACCUUCUGCAAACCACAUUUCAUAGAGCUAUUCAAAAAGAAAGGCAACUAUGAAGAAGGUUUUGGCAAGGAAAGACACAAGAACAAGUGGCUGACUCCUACUGGAUCUAGGGAGACCACCCCUAGGCCCGAGGAAACCAAGCAUGUGCCAACAAAGCAUGUUGCUGAGGAAAGCAGGCGUGCAUUCAGUAGUGGGAACCGUAAGCCUAGUGUAGACCGUGAAAGCAAACCCAGUGUUGGGUAUAAUGACAGGCUCAGAGAGGAAACUACCCAUAAGCCUCGUGUAAAGGAUGAUGAAACUGUAACUAAUGGCAGAAGACCUAGCUAUCAGGAUAAGCAUAAGACUAGUGUUGUUGAUGAUGAGCUUGAUGCUGGCCUGGUUCAUGCUUCAAGAAUUGAGAUUUCCAAUGGUAGAUACGACACCAAUGGACAUGCAGCUGAGGAGGAUGAGAUUGAAUUGCCAAGAGAUGACGCUAAGUCUAAGAGGGAAUCAUUCCACUUUAAGAACAUGUCAUCCGUGAAGUCUAUGUGGGAGAGUGGAGAGGUGCACCCCAGGGAGGAUGACAUCCCUGAGUACAGACGCGACCUCCAGGAGGUCAGCCAAACCAGCCGCCCCCGGGGAGCCCUGCGUGCCAGGUAUGAGAUGGCUGUGAAGGAAUCAGAGGUGGCAACUGCCAGGAAGGUAGCACCUGCCAAAUCUGUACCAGACCUCAGGGACAGCCCAGACAGGGAAAUGUCCCUACCAUCCUCCAGAGAAGGCUCUGUCAGCAAGGAUGAUAUGGAUGAUCUCCCUAAACCAGGCAAAAUGAAGAGCCUGUUGGCCAAGUUUAAGUCCAUGGAAAAUGUCAGCAAGGAUAAACCCCUUGCCCCGCCCAAGCCUAGGAACAUCACUCCCCCCAGGGAGGCAUCACCUAAACCUAAUCGCUACCGAUCGAUAAGUAGAUCUGAUUCAGAGAAGGAAGACCAGCCACCUCUACAGACUAGAGAAAUCAUAAGAUCUGAUGACCAGGUGGAUGAUGGUAUUCCUCACACUUCUUCAAUGGCCAGAAACAUGGCUGCUAAAUUUCAGCAGAUUGAGCAUGAACACGAGGUGGCUCAGGCAAGAGAUAGAGUUCACUCUACUUCUUCACUCAGAUCUAGGAAGUCUAGCACAGCUGAGGAGGAUGUGUUCCAUGCCACGCCUGUUGUCAGCCACAUGGAACCCGUGGAACCUGCAAAAUAUGACAGACAAGAUGAUGCACUCAGCCCAAGAUCUCAGUACUCUGAACCAGAGGAAUAUGGAGAGGAAGACGAGGAAGAGCACUACAUAAAUGAUCAAAGUGUCGAACAGGAAUACAUAAACUACUCAAACGAGCAGCCAGAUGAGUAUCAGGGCAGCUAUGAGGACCACCAUGAUUAUUCCCAUGAGGAAUAUGAGCAACAACAACAACCUGAUGAACAACUAUCAUACAACAGGGAGUAUGCAGAGAAUAGCUAUGAUAGCUACACUGAGGAACAGUUAGAAGACAUGGCACACUACAACAGCAAUAAUAACAACAACAAUGCUUACUAUGGACAAUACUACUCCCAAUAUACAAGCUACCCAGAGCAGUAUGAUAAUUACAUGGAUUAUACUCAGAAUUCUCAUUUCUAUCCAGGCUACUAUGAUGAAAUCAGUGGACAGUAUGGGUAUUACAAUCCCGACACGCAACAGUUUCUUCCAUAUGACCAAUGUGACCAAUAUGCUGCCCAGUAUGGUGAUCAAUAUGAUCAAUAUGUUCAAUAUGAAGAGCAGGGCACACCAGAUCAGACUGUAUGUGAGCCACAAGUACUACCAGCUUCAGAAAGAUCGCAAUCAGAAAUUGAUGCCUGUGUAUCAGUGGAAACUGUACAGCUAGCAAGGAAGGGAGAGUCCAUACCCCAGCCAAUGCAUAGGAAAUUAGAUGCUCAGGUGGUUGAGAGGCCCCCAGAGAAACCAGCUAGAAGCAGCAGCAAGUCUGUGCUAUCAAGGUACCAGAGAAAUGUCAGCACUGAUGCAACAGAGCACCCUCCUGCAUUUGGUAGUUAUUUUGGACAUCCUGCUAAGUAAAUGGAGACUUAGAUUGAAAGUUUGAAGAUGUGCCUUAAAGGAGGACAUUGGUAGGACAUUGCAGGGAAAAUGAGAUGAUUACGUGAAUGAAUAUGAAGUCUUUGCCUUGGGGCAGGAAACUGCCUUGUUACAGAAUAUAAAACUAUAUGGAAGCUUAUCUGCUGGCAGUGUACUGGAUUAUACCAGAAGAAGCUCAUAAAAUAGAGAUUUGUUGGCACUUAACUGAAGUCCCUCUUUUUACCAUCGGGCCACAGAAUCUUUAACCUUUAUGAACAUAUUAUAUUCUAUCAUGUAUGUUAUCUGCUAUUUGUACUCAAGCCUUGGCAUUAUUGAUAUUUACAUAUAUUAUAGUAUUACAAUAUCAUAAAUAAAAAGAGAAUUCAUAAAUCCAGUCAAAACCUAAUAUGUUGGGAUUUCAAGAAUAGCUCUUAAAAUUAAAUCUUUUUCCUGACACAGGUGCACUAACCUUGCAAAAUUUAGACACUUUAACUGUCACUCCUUUGUCCAAUGUAAAAUCCAUGAACAUUGUUCCUGUUUUUUUGAAACCUCUGAAUGACAAGAACUACAAGUGGU